AUGUUGUGGUACAUCAUCCGAUUACAGCAGUCAAUACCAGGACAGUCCCGUGGCUACAACCGUUAUGACAGUGCAUUGGUUUCGAAGUGUUUAUCCAGCUCAAUUCAAAAUCCUCUUGGAGAUCCUGAUAUGCAACUCACAAAUGAAAAGCAUGCAGAUGAGAAACCCAUUAAUGCUAUCAUUAUAAAUUCAGUAUCUGAAUUCAAUAUCACAGAUGGACCAGCCAAGGAAACCCCCAGUGAGAAAAAACUGUCAGAAUCCAGCACAUCACUGUCCUCCCUUGAAGAAUGCCAAACGAAAUUUUCCUACCUCCAAACUGAUACUUCAGUUCAUCAGAGAGACACUGAUGAGGAGUGUGCCUCCCUCAUCCUCACCUGUCUGUUUUGCCAGUUUUGGGACUGUCUCCUGAUGCUCCCGGAUACAUGUGAAACGGUGUGUACCAACCUGUGCUGCCCCUCUCACAGGUAUCACCACACCUCGGAUGAAAGCCACUCUCGGAACGAUUGCAGUUGCAACUGUGACAUGGACUGCAGCCUGUUUGAGUCUUGCCACGAGACCAGCGAGUGUCUGGAGCUGGCCAUGGAGAUUUCAGAAAUCUGUUACCGCUAG